AUGCAUCGCCGUGAAUUACCGUCUGGGCCUUGGGAAGAUCUAGCCAUUGAUUUUCUUGGCCCCCUGCCGGAAGGACAGUUUCUGUUUGUCGUUGUGGAUUUGUACAGCAGAUAUUUUGAGGUUUGCGAAAUGGAAACAAUUACAGCAGAAAGCACAAUACGAGAGCUUACAGCAAUGUUCAGCCGAUUUGGUGUUCCUUUGACUUUGACAGCAGAUAAUGCUCCUCAAUUAACUAAAGAUUGCGAAGAGUUUUCUCAAUUUUGUUCUAAUUACGGUAUCAAGCUAAUCAAUACGAUUCCAUAUUGGCCCCAAAUGAACGGGGAAGUAGAACGGCAGAACCGAACAAUUCUCAAAAGACUGAGAAUUGCUCAGGAGCUGGGACAAGACUGGCGGAAAGAGCUGCAAAAGUUUUUGUUAUCAUACCGAGCCUCAAAUCAUACUACAACGGGUCGUUCCCCAGCUGAGUUGAUGUUCGGGCAUAAAAUACGAACGAAGCUUCCUCAAAUUUCCAGAUCCAUACUUGAAGAUGAAGCCAUGCGUGAUUUUGACAGAAUCAAUAAGGAGAAAGGUAGACAGUACAGCGAUCAAAGAAGAGGGGCUCAGGAAAGUGGCAUCAAAAAGGGCGAUAUAGUACUUACAAAACGAAUGAAAAAAGAGAACAAAUUGAGUACUGAAUACGUCAAUGAACCCUUCAUCGUUAGAAGCAAAGUGGGUGCAGAUACUUGCAUUGAAUCCAUGGAAACGGGUAAAACAUUUCGUAGAAACGCAGCCCAUUUAAAAAAGGUCGAGGAUAACAACGACCAAGUCAAUUUGAAUAACAGUAAUCAGGAACAAGAAUCUCUGAAUACACCGGAAUGUCUUACGUAUCCGUUAAACACAACAAAUGAGCAAGCUACAGAUCCACAACCAGAAGACGAACAGGCAGGGCCAUCAAAAGGUCGGAAGCGUGCGGAGCCCUCGUGGUUUAGUGAUUACGUGCCACACUUCAUCAAGAAAGGUUAA